AUGCAGCGGCUGCAUCUUCUCUGCCUCAGUUUUCUGGUGCUGGGACAUAUCCUGAAUGUGCACGGCGGGAACAAUGUCCUCGACUGCUGCCUGAGGACGAGUGAGACGCCCAUCCCGCGGCGGAUAGUGCAGGAUUACCGGCUCCAGCUGGUGCAGGAUGGCUGCAACAUCCCGGCUGCUGUGUUCAUCACCGUGAAAGGCAAGCGCCUCUGUGCCCCACUCCAAGCCCCGUGGGUGGUUCGCCUCCAAGAGAAGCUGGACACCAGCUCUGCCAGGAAGGUUGGCAUCCCCAGCAUCCCCCUGGCAAUCAGGGCCCUUCCAGACGAAGCAGCUGCUGUGGCAGUAGACGUAGGGGACUACAAGGUGCAGCUGGUGGGAGGAGAGCAGUCCCUGCAGCUCUGGAGGCAGCUGGAGGAGAAGAUGGAGUUUCUGGAGGAGAAGAUGGAGUUUCUGCCACAGGGAAGGGAGGAGAUCAUCUCCUCUGAGAAAGAGCUGAUGAUGGGCAAGGAGUUUGCAGGCUUGUGGCAGCUAGAAAGGGAGGCAGAUGAAGAAGAGGGAGUACGGGCGAUCUCAGGGGCCUCCAGCAGGAAAGAGCUGAUGAUGGGCAAGGAGUUUGCAGGCUUGUGGCAGCUAGAAAGGGAGGCAGAUGAAGAAGAGGGAGUACGGGCGAUCUCAGGGGCCUCCAGCAGGCUGGGCACUUGGACCCUCUAG